AUGGCCCUCUCUCAAGUUUCGCGCCCACUCGCCUUCGGCAGUGUUCUUGUGCGCAGCCCCGGCUGGCUCAGAGCAGCUAGGCGGUUCGUUAGCACAGCGUCGACAAAGACACUGAACAUCGGCGGCCGAGACGUUUCAGUUCCCACCGGCCUGUUUAUCAACAACGAAUUCCGCAACUCGAUCGGUGGCAACACAUUUUCAGUCGAGAACCCGGCCAACGGGAAGGAACUCCUACGUGUUCAGGAAGGCCGCGAGGCCGACGUUGAGGAAGCCGUCAAGGCUGCUCGCAAAGCCUUUCAGAACCCCGAGUGGGCCAAGAUAAACCCGGCUCGUCGCGGAGAGUUGCUUUUCCGUCUUGCUGACUUGAUGGAGCGUGACAAGGAGGACCUGAUUGCCCUAGAAAUGGCUGAUACUGGAAAGACGUACAAGCAAACGUCGAAUGGCGACUUCGCCGUGUCCGUCGGCACCCUUAGGUACUAUGCGGGAUGGGCCGACAAGCAAGUUGGUCUGUCCUCAUUCAAUGUCCCAGGUGCUUUUACGUAUACCCGCAAAGAGCCAAUCGGUGUCUGCGGUCAGAUCAUUCCUUGGAAUGCCCCACAAAGCUUCCCUCUCAUGAUGCUCGCAUGGAAGAUUGCGCCUGCCUUGGCGACUGGAAACACAGUCGUAAUGAAGUCAGCCGAGGCAACUCCCCUGUCUGCGCUCAAGGUGUGUGAGCUGGUCAGGGAAGCUGGGUUCCCUGCAGGCGUAUUCAACCUCAUCUCCGGAUUUGGCAAGACUGUUGGAAGCGCCAUUGCUUCACACAUGGACAUUGACAAGGUCGCAUUCACCGGGUCCACUGCCACCGGCAGAGUAAUCAUGAAGGCCGCAGCCUCGUCCAACCUGAAGAAGGUGACGUUGGAGCUCGGCGGAAAGAGCCCUAACAUCAUUUUCGCAGACGCCGACAUCGACCAGGCUGUCGAGUGGAGCGCAUGGGGUAUUAACAUGAACUUUGGCCAGACAUGCCACGCUGGUACUCGCAUCUACGUGCAUGAGGAUGUGUACGAUGAAUUUCUGGAGAAGUAUACGGCGCGCAUGGCCGCCGUCAAGGUCGGCGACAACUUCGACAAGGAUACCGACCAGGGUCCCAUGAACAGCAAGAUGCAGUUUGACAAGAUCCUCGGCUUCAUCGAAAGCGGAAAGAAGGAGGGCGCAACAGUCCACCUGGGAGGAAAAGCCGCCAAGGCUGCCGAGCAGGGUGGCUACCACAUUGAGCCCACCAUCUUUACCAACACGAAACCUGACAUGGAGAUUGUCAAGGAAGAAAUCUUCGGUCCCGUGGUUGUCGUCAAUAAGUUUAAGACGGAGGAGGAGGUCCUGGCCCAAGCCAAUGACACAUCUUACGGCCUGGCUUCGGCAGUAUUCACAAAGGACUACGAGAGGUCGGUACGGAUGAGCAACGCUCUUCAAGCCGGAACCACCUGGGUUAACAUGUAUAACCUGGUUCACUGGAGCAUCCCCUUUGGUGGAUACAAGGAGAGUGGGUUGGGCCGGGAGUGCGGACUUGAUGUGCUGGAAGACUACCUCGAGACCAAGGCUGUGUACCUCAACAUGGGCAUGCCUGCACCCAAGUAA